AUCGAUUUCGAUAAUACCACACCGCUACACAGCAAAAAUAUGCACAUUGUUGCCACUAGUCGAUGAAGAACCGAUUUGUAAAGAUCCUGCGGGGCAUUCAAUGGCUUUAAUAUCCUCCGCGUUGACAAAUGAGGGUUUCGCACGGCAGGACGUCCGAUAGCCCGAUGCCACACGACGAAUUAUCUCACCUCCUCCUUCGUGACGGUGCUUCCAAGCAAAUACGGUAGAUAAUAAUGAGAAUGGUGACAAAGCACUACCGGCUACCUGCUUCAUAAGCUUUAUUCAUAUGAUAGAGUCUGUCUCGCGAUCUAAUGGUCGCGUAUAUGUAAUAUACUUUUGUACGGUAACACGAAUUUAUAAACAAAUAAGUUUCGAUGGAUAACGUUAAAAACAUAUAUAUGACGUGAAAUAUUUUUGUUGAAUGCCAACUAGACACAGAGGACCAAUUAUGGAAUUAUUCCUUUUUGCAUAUCAGUUAACUAGACUUAUGAUAUUUUAUAUUUAAUUGCUAUUCAUACAUAAAGUAUUAAUUCAAUGUAUUUAUAUACAAUUAUGUAAUAAGACAAUUAUUAAUAAAACCAAUAAAAUUACAGAAAGAUUUAAGUGAUCAAAAAUAUACCAUACGAGUGUCAAUAUAAUUUUCUCAAAAUUCCCAAGUGGCUUAAAAAAAUUUAAUUAAAAAUCAUUAAAUGUGUCUAAACAUUUUGUGCUUUCUUCUUGCUACACUAAAUUUAGUAGUAUCGUAUUUCCUAUUGUAAUGUUAGUACCAGAUUGUUGUCAAUAUAACGAUAUUAUUUCAAAAACUGAAAGUCACGGAAAAUUAGGUAUUAGUAUGUAAAAUAUUUAUUUCUAAAAUUGAAGUAGUUUCGACCUUUAUUAAUUAAAAACUCGAAGAUUUUUCACUGGUUAGGUGAAUGUAAACUUUAGACAGUUGUCUGAAAACAAAAAAUUUUAGUUUUCAAUUUUUUUAGCGUUUAUAAAAUGAAUUUUGAUAUAAAUGAAUAUAAGAUUUAUACUGUCUCUAAUUCAAUAUAUUCUUGUAUUGUCUCAUUACAAUUUGUAAUGAGAAUGAUGUUAUGUAGGAGUUUUGAGGCAUAUCGCAAGCAAUUGCAAAGCAUAUUGCGAUGAUUAAACCCCGCCCUUUGCGAAAACGCCGCCUUCGACAUGCGCCGGAGGGUCGUUUGCGGUUGCACCGUUUCUUACCUUUAAUCACACGUUUAAUCUGUCCGAAGUGGUAACAUGCUACGCGUGUGAAAAAUCGUAUAAUUCGACACGUCAAGCUCCUUUAUUUAUUCUCCAAAAUCAACUGCUCUCGUUCAACUUGACAAGUCGCAAGACAUAACAGCAAAUUAUUAUAAUGUCCGGUAAGCGUAGAACUUAGUAUUAAUUAUUAUGAAGAUAAACAUAAAGAAUUUUUUUUUAAUUAUGAGCAUACUAAAUAUACUCCAAGUCUAACAGUCACAAUUAUAAUAACUAAUCGAGUAAAUAAUGUUAAUAGUAUGGAACGUAACACAGAAUGCACCCUUGGAUUUGAGUAGACAUGGGACUGCAUGGAAAACUGAUGUUAUUAGUACUUUUAAAUUCCAACGACGUCUUCCCUGUCAAACUUGUGGUAAAAGUUUUGAUAGACCUUCCCUUUUAAAAAGACACUUGCGAACGCAUACAGGCGAAAAGCCACAUGGUUGUACAAUAUGUGGUAAGAUGUUUAGCACAAGCAGCUCAUUGAAUACUCACGUUAGGAUUCAUACUGGUGAACGUCCUCAUGAAUGUCCAAUGUGUGGAAAACGUUUUACAGCAUCAUCAAAUUUAUAUUAUCAUCGCAUGACGCAUUAUAAGGAGAAACCACACAAAUGUGAUGCAUGUGGACGAUCUUUUCCAACUCCCGGUGAUUUAAGGGCGCAUGGAUAUUCUCAUACCGGUAAUUGGCCUUUACGCUGUCCUAUCUGUAACAGGGGAUUUUGCAAACUUGGCGCCUUACAUCAUCAUAUGAAAUCACACGGUGAUCGUUCUUAUUAUGGUAUCUACCAUCAAAAGUCUUCCGUCAUCAAUAAUUUACAAAUACAUGAACGUAUACAGCAUUCGCAUGUGUCAAAUAAUAAUACAGCUAAUUACACGGGUAUACAUAAUGGUAUAUCAAACAUACAGAUUGCCAAGUUUGAAGAUUUCAACAAUUAUAUGCAAUUACCUACAAUGUAUCCAUGGCCUUCUUUUUCUUGGAUGCCAUUACAAUUCCAAAAUUAAUUGAUUAUAUUUUC